AGCAUAUAGGAGAGAGAGGUACGUGGUUGAGCAGUGUCUGUGUUUGGCACGUCCACGACAGCACGAGACGGGUUGGGGACUUGGGGGGUUGAAGAAGCCAAGCUCUCCUUGGUUGGCGCGCACGUACGUUCGCUUCGCUUCGAUUCGAUGGCCACUGGUGACCCAAACCCUACCACCACUCCGCCGUCGCAGCAGCUGCAAGGAGCAGAUCCCCAACCCCAAUCCCAGCAGGAUGCCGCCGCCAACGCCACUCCGGCGGCCGUGGCCGUGAGAGAGGAUUAUGUCCAGAACGCCGUCAAGUUCCUCUCCCACCCCAAGGUCAGGGGCUCCCCCGUCCUCUACCGCCGCUCCUUCCUAGAGAAGAAGGGCCUUACCAAGGACGAGAUCGACGAGGCCUUCCGACGAGUCCCCGAUCCGCAACCCAGCGCUACUGCUACUGCUGCUGCUUCCCCUUCGCCUUCACAGCACCCCAACAACCAGAACCACUCUUCUACCGUUGUGCAACCUUAUGCACCAAGGCAACCAGCAACACCUGCUGGCUCUAUUAUUGUUGCCACACAGCCCAAGUUCAGCUGGUACCGUGCAUUCGUCGCUGCAGGGCUAUUGCUUGGUUUUGGAGUUAGUGCUGCUGUGUUUGUCAAGAAAUUGCUCCUUCCUAGGCUUAAGUCUUGGAUCCGCAAGGUCGUAGCUGAAGGUGAUGAAAACGAGGGCAGGCAAAUUAAGUCCAAGAUCGAUGAGGAAACUGCUGAAGCUGUAAAAGCUUCUGCAUCUGCUGUUUCUGCUAUUGCCAAAACUAACCAAGAAUUGCUUGCUUCAAAGGAUGAAGAAAAGAAGAUACUUGUGACAUUAACACAAGCACUAGAUUCCCAAGCAAAAGAAUUGAAAUCCUUAUGUGAGUCUCUGAACCAUAGCAGGGAUUCUAUAAAUAUUACCAGGGAAGAUAGGUUUUCUCAGUACCGGGCAUUGGAAGAGCAUGCCCCUUCUGCUGCAAGGAAUGGGCCAGUUAACACUCCAUGGAGAGCCUCUCAGCAAACUAAUAUGUAUGGUGUGCCAAACAGUGAUUUUGGCUCAGGGAGGCCUUCAUUUGCGUCAACACAUAAUGAAGCUACACCUGGAUCAUUUUCAAGAUCGUACGUUGAGACAUCUGCUGCACACCGAGGGGAUAAUAGGUCUUCAGGGAGUAAGCCAUGGGAGAUGCAGCAAUACUCACAGCAGAGGAUUGGCUAUGGAUCCAACAGCCAGUUGAGUGAUGACGGAUGCCCUGAAACUCAGGACAACUAUGGCGGGGGACCUUCGUAUUCGUAUCACCAGAAUCAGAAUCAGAACGGGAAGGCUCCGGCUCCGGAUAUUCAAGCAGAGGAGGCCAGGCCAUCGGUAUACAUAAGUGGGGCUGAGGAAAGGUCGCCUCCGCCUCCGCCUCAGCGCCGCUGGGUUCCCCCGCAGCCUCCGGGCGUUGUGAUGCCGGAAGCUGUGGCUGCCAUCCGUCAACCAAAGUCCCUCGCAAAGCAACCGUCGAGCGAAGCUUCUCAAGAGGCAGCCGGCGAGACGCAUGCCAACGGUGCUUCAAGUUCGUCGCCUCUUCCUGAAGAGGCGCUUGUUAAUGGCAGUGACGCCGGACGUAGUGAGAUCGAAGAACAAGCAGAAGCCAUCUAGAAACAAUUUGUUUUAAAUUGGGACGAGAUGAUGUUGAGAAGCUGGAAUAUGUAUUUAUUUUGGAUCAGUACGGGAACGCCUACUGUGGUAACAGAAGAUCUCGAUUUGUGGUCGAGUUUAUACUACACUACGUCAAAUAACAAGUGUUGCUACUAGCUGUGACUGUGAGUAAUACCGAUACAUUACAUUACAUUACAUACAUACACGGUGAUUAAAACAAACAAGCAGACAUUUUUACUUGGUUA